AUGGAAUUCAUCGACCUCAAAUCUCAGCAAGCCCUCAUCAGAGAGCAGUUGAACCAAAGAAUCGCAACCGUUCUUGACCACGGCCGCUACAUCAUGGGGCCAGAGGUCAAGGAACUUGAAGAAAAACUCGCCGACUAUGUGGGAGUGAAACAUUGUGUCAGUUCUUCGAGCGGCACCGACACCCUCCUGAUUACCCUCAUGGCUCUAGGUGUAGGUACAGGCGAUGAAGUGAUCACCGUUCCCUACACUUGGAUAUCUACCGCCGAAGUCAUUGCUCUCUUGGGCGCGAAACCCGUCUUCGUUGAUAUCCGUGAAGAAGACAUGAACAUGGAUGCUUCACAAGUCGAAGCCGCCAUCACAGAAAAAACAAAAGCCAUCAUGCCCGUCGGAAUCUACGGACAGACCGCCGAUAUGACAGCCAUUAAUGCCAUCGCGGAAAAGCAUAAUCUUCCUGUCAUCGAAGAUGCAGCCCAAUCAUUCGGUGCGACCCAUCACGGAGAAAAAUCCUGUUCACUUUCCACUAUCGGCAGCACCUCCUUUUUCCCCAGCAAACCACUCGGCGGAUACGGUGAUGGUGGUGCCCUUUUCACCGACGAUGACGAUCUCGCCCAAGCCAUGUCCCAAAUCCGUGUCCACGGACAGGCUAAAAAACAUCAUCAUCCUAUCCUCGGACUCAAUGGCCGUCUCGACACCCUUCAAGCCGCCGUUGUCCUUGCCAAACUGGAUCUCUUUGAUGACGAAGUCAAAAAACGCCGACAAGUUGCAGAACGCUACAUCGCUAGUCUCCAAAGUGGGUCACUCGACGUCACGGUUCCUCAGGUAUCCGAGGGCAACACCUCUGUCUGGGCGCAAUUUACCAUCCUCUCAUCCGAACGUGAUGCCUUCGCUAUUCGCCUCAAAGAAAAAGAAAUUCCUUCAGUGAGCUACUAUUCAGUUCCCCUUCACCUUCAACCUGUCUUCGCCGAUCUCGGGUAUGCAAAAGGUGAAUUUCCCAUCUCCGAAAAAGUCGCCGAACAAGGGAUCUCGCUACCAAUGAAUCCCUACCUCAGUGAUGAGGAAAUUGAAAUAGUCUGUUCGGCACUAUCAGUAUAA